AUCACGGAAGUAUAUUCUAUUUGACAACUUGUACAGUUGUUAAAUACCAAAUGGCAAAUCCAUUAGGAGACUACUGUAGUGGAGUGUCAUAGUAUAAUAUCUGUAUAAUGAAACGAAGGUAACGUUUAUUUUCCACCCGGCGAAUCUCGGGGAUUUUGUUGAUAGUGAGUUUAAAUAACUUAGUCAGUUGAGUUAAAAAGUAUAGUUCACAAUGGGCUCAGAGGAUGUGCUCAAGAGUGCUUCAACACUGGCCUCUUACAAUGUUCUGCUUCAGGUGAUGUUUCGAGUGUUGACUUUUCUCUUGAACGCAUUUACUUUACGGUUUGUGUCUAAGGAGCUGAUAGGCGUGGUGAAUGUCAGGUUGAUGCUGCUCUAUUCUACAUUGGUGUUUCUGUCUAGGGAGGCGUUCCGGAGGGCGUGUCUAAGCGGCGAGGGGGCGGGGCGUAACUGGAGACAGGUUAUCAACCUGUUAUGGCUCACAUUUCCUGUGGGUUGUGUGUGGGGUGUGGUGUUGGUGUGUGUGUGGUGGUGGCUGCUCCAGGCACCUGAUCCAGAGUCCAUCCCACAUUACGUUCCCGCUGUUGGAUUGUUCUGCUUGGCUGCGCUUACAGAGCUGUUGGCUGAACCUCUCUGGGUUCUUGCACAUGCGCACAUGUUCGUCCGUUUGAAGGUGAUUGCCGAAAGCUUAGCCAUGAUUGCUAAAUGUCUUGUUACUGUAGUGAUGGUGGUCUCAGCACCUCAAUGGGGGCUCUAUAUCUUUUCUGCAGCCCAGUGUGUCUAUGCAGGGUUUUUGCUGCUUUGUUACGUGUUAUACUUCGUUAGUUUCCUUGGCUCAGAGGAAGCUGAGAAGAAAUUGUUCCCUGUUAGUCACAUGAAAGACCUUCUGCCAUCUAGAGUGGAUCAUGAGCCACUACUAAACUGGAAGUUGACCACACUAACCUGGAGCUUUUUCAAACAGUCAUUUCUCAAACAGAUACUUACAGAAGGCGAGCGUUAUGUGAUGACAUUUUUGAAUGUGCUUAACUUUGGAGAUCAGGGAGUUUAUGAUAUAAUAAACAAUCUGGGCUCAAUGGUAGCAAGAUUUCUUUUUUUGCCCAUUGAGGAGAGUUUCUAUGUGUUCUUCGCUAAAGUCCUGGAACGUGGACGAGAUGUACAACAUCAAAAACAAGAAGAAGUUUCCAUGGCAGCUGAAGUACUGGAAUGUCUUUUGAAGUUGGUGCUUUUGAUUGGUCUGAUCAUCACAGUUUUUGGUUAUGCAUAUUCUUAUCUGGCACUUGACAUCUACGGCGGGGAACUUCUGAGCAGCGGAGCUGGGCCAGCUCUCCUACGGUGUUAUAGUUGUUAUGUUCUGCUGUUAGCCAUUAAUGGAGUAACAGAGUGUUUUGUUUUUGCUGCCAUGAGCAAAGAGGAGGUUGACAGAUAUAAUCUAGUGAUGCUGGGCCUGUCAGCCUCAUUUCUUCUUCUUUCUUAUUGGCUAACGUGGAUGUUAGGGGGCAUUGGCUUCAUUUUGGCUAAUUGCUGUAACAUGGCUCUACGAAUCACUCACAGUAUUGUUUACAUACAUCGCUAUUUCCUGCAAAGUGAAUACACACCCCUGUGGGGGCUCCGCCCACAUUCCGCUGUCAUCAUUGCACUUGGCGUGAGCUCCAUCCUCACAACCUGCUCAGAGAGCUUGUUCUGCUGUGACGGUGGCUGGUUGCUAAGGCUGGUUCAUGUUGCCGUGGGGGCGGUUUGUCUCCUGGGUGUGGUCAUCACAGUAUUUCUGACAGAAACAAGACUUGUGCAGUUUGUCAGGACUCAGCUGUUACCCAAAUACACCAAGAAACGUACAUGAGCUUUUACUUCGAAAGCAGCUAAUGCAACGUAAUGCAAAGAUAUCAAAGGGUCCCCCAGUAUGUAACUAAUGCUUCAAUGUGCCUGUCAUUCCUUAAGAUUGUUCAUUUUUGAACAUUAAUGCUUGUUAUUAGACAUACGGAAGGUGUUCAUUGACCAUUUGCAUAACUUUACUGCUAGAUAUACUGUAGCUGUGUAAAUCAGUGGUGAACUUUGUAUGAAUGAUUGAUUGUAUAAAAUUGUUAUAUAUAAUACAUUUAAGUGGUACUGGGUACCGUUGUCUUUAAAAACAGGUAAGAUGAGACUGAAAAAUAUUAUCUGUUAUUAUUAUAUCCUAUCUAGGAACAAAUAAACCUUUUUUUUUUCCAGACUGCACUGAUUUCCAACUUUAA